CCCCACCCCCAGCCUGCUACCUAGAGCGCCGCGGAGCUGUAGCAGCCCCGUUGCGGCUCCUAUACCGGGUUUCUUAUUGCCUGGUGAAUGAGGCUACUAAGGGAGGACGCUUCCCCCUUCUCAGAUCUGUGUGUGUGUUCUAGGAGGCUGCGAAAGGAGAGGCGGUUGAGGAAACGGCUGCGUUGUUGGAAGCGUAGCCUUCGGCUUUGUUCGGGUGAGUUAGGAUCCCGAUUAUCACGCGAGGGUGGGAGGCGAGCACAGGGCGUUGUUUGAAAUGUAACUGUUCUUGCCUGGAAUCUGGAGUGUACGGGAUAAUAGCAGCGUGGUAGUAUGAAGUGCAAAGAGCCGAGGGCUGGAGGUUUAGCCUUUAAUUCUCUGGGUUUGCAUUCCUAAUGCUGAGUUUUACGUUUCGUGCGGGCUCCAAUCCGCCAGUCCCACAACCGAGCGGUAUGUUCAUUGUUUGAGAACGCUGAUAUGCCCCUCAUUCCUUUAAGGAAUCUGAAUGCGUAGGGCCUAGCCGCCUCGUUUGCUGCAGCAGCUUUACUGUGGGUGUGGAAAAAAAGUUUUAGUGCCUUUGGGGGCACGUGGAGAUUGUUUGCGAUAGGAGUAACACACCAUCUGUGGCCCAGAGAAGUUGCCAUGUGCAGUUUGGGCAAAGCACUGGUCGAUACUGGCUAGCAAGUUGGCUGUUUGAAAGACAAGAACUCCAGUGACUCCAGCAAGGGAUUGCCAGGAUGGCCAUGGGCGUGCAAGAACAGUAUGAGCCUGUGGCUGAAAUUGGUAUUGGUGCUUAUGGCACUGUCUUCAAGGCCCGGGACCUGCAGAGUGGCAAAUUUGUGGCUCUUAAGAAUGUACGAGUGCAGAACAGUGAGAACGGACUCCCACUGUCAACAGUCCGAGAGGUGGCCCUGCUGAAGCGUUUGGAACACUUCGACCACCCCAACGUCGUGCGGCUAAUGGAUGUUUGCACAACAACACGGACUGAACGAGAGACCAAAGUGACUCUGGUCUUUGAGCAUGUGGAUCAGGAUCUGAAAGCAUAUUUGGAAAAAACACCACCUCCUGGCUUACCCCCAGAGGUAAUAAAGGACAUGAUGCGCCAGUUCUUGAGUGGUUUGGAUUUCUUACAUUCAAAUUGCAUUGUUCAUCGUGACCUUAAACCAGAGAAUAUCCUGGUGACCAGCUCAGGUCAAGUCAAGCUGGCUGACUUUGGACUGGCUCGAAUCUACAGUUGCCAGAUGGCCCUGACACCAUUGGUUGUCACCCUCUGGUAUCGUGCUCCAGAAGUGCUGCUCCAGUCAACCUAUGCUACUCCGGUGGACUUAUGGAGUGUUGGGUGUAUCUUUGCAGAGAUGUUCCGAAGGAAACCUCUCUUCUGUGGCAACUCUGAAGCUGACCAGCUGGGCAAGAUCUUUGACCUGAUUGGUCUCCCUUCAGAGGAGGAUUGGCCAUUGGAUGUGUCUCUACCACGCUGCGCCUUUGCUGCUCGCUCCCCACAGCCUGUGGAGAAGUUUGUGCCAGAAAUUGAACUUCUGGGGGCUCAGCUGCUUUUGGAAAUGCUGACAUUCAAUCCACUGAAGCGUAUCUCUGCCUUCAAAGCAUUGCAUCAUCAAUACUUUCAGGACAAGAAUGCAGGGGAAGGGUAGCAUCCCUGCAGGUCCCUAGAAUGGGGGAAUAGACUGUACAAAAGACUUUGUGACUGUGUGUAUAAGGAUAACUUGCACCCCACCAAGUGGCUACACGCAGACUAGUCCCCAAGCUGUCCUGGCUGUGCUAGGAUCGAAGGGGUGGGAAGGAUGAAGCUUUUGACAACAUGCAUGAAGACGGAAGGUCGUGUUGCAGGAACUGCGCCGUUGAAAUCCUUUCCCGCCCCGAAAACGUUAGGACUCUAGUGGCAUCUGUCUGCCGCCAUGCACACACUUUCUGUGUUCCUGCGUGGCGUUCUUGAAGGUCAGUUUGUGUUUGGGACAGCCUGGUUUGAGGAAUCUCAGUCAUCUGUGGGUUCUUUGCCAAAGGUCUGUCUUUGAUAAUCCCUUUUCCCCUAAUAAAUUUUUUAUGACAGUUUACACACAAUAAUGUUGCUGCCUUAUCACAUUCCUGUGGCUAACAGUUUGACACUAAAGCCUUGACUUAGCAUGUUACAGAGCUCCGCAAAAAUGGGAGAAGAGUAUUUUUGUAUAAGCCUUCACAAUUCUUUUUUAAUUACCAAGACACUGGUCAGGACAGACCUAUGCUGUUGGCCAUCUCAGUAUGGGAGACAUGCUCAGAUGGAGAUUUUCUCCAUCUGUUUGAUUCCAGACGUGAAUGUGAAACAUUUUUAAAGGCUUCUAAAAAUGGUAACAUUUCAAUAAAGGAUAUGGGCGAGGUCCAGGCAAGCAUAGCUUGGUCUUUCCCUUUUCUUGUCACUUGAAA